AUGGCAGCUUCCGUGACGAUCGUUGGCAGCUUCCUCCUCGCCGCCCUCGACCUCCUCGCCGUGGUCGGCGAGGCGGCGGUCUUCACGGUGGUGAACCAGUGCGCCUUCACCGUGUGGGCAGCGUCCGUGCCGGUGGGCGGCGGGCGGCAGCUGAACCGCGGCGAGACGUGGCUGAUCACCGCCCCCGCGGGCACGACGGCGGCGCGCAUCUGGGCGCGCACGGGUUGCCAGUUCGACGCGAGCGGGCGCGGGAGCUGCCGCACGGGCGACUGCGGCGGGGUGCUGCAGUGCGCGGGGUACGGGCGCGCCCCCAACAGGCGGAGUUCGCGCUGA